AUGUUUUCAAUAUAUAUUGAAAAUCGGGCUCAGAUCUCAUUUAUCGAGUUGUAUGUUGAGUUUGAACAAUCUGAGGCCGACCAGAAUAUUCUACGGGAAGAUUAUAAUAGUGACAGUGAAGAAGAGUUCAAAAGUAACUACGAGUUUGUUGGUCCAGAUGGAGAUGAAGAUCAAGGUGAUGGAACUACGACUCCAGAUGUGACAGAGGUGGCAAAUGCACUCGCAAACGAAGUGCCUUCUCAGCAUCGAACCGGCGGUCGAGCAGCUCAGGUGACUGAGUCACUGGUUCAACCGCUGGAUCAUUCGAAGCUGGAUUCUAUCACAAUUGCAGAAGCGAUAAAGCCAUUGGUUGAGGCUAAUCCCUCCUUAAAGGUAAAGUCGGUUAUAGCGGAAGUGCAAUCGAAGUUCAACUACACCGCCAUGUGUCAUAAAGAGCCAUCAGCUGUUGUCCAUUUUGAGACUAUGCCUGCAUAUCAAGGCGAUGACUUGGUGGGUGAUAUUCGAGUAUUUUGGAGUUAUUACCCCUGUCUUAGGGCAUUCAGACAUUGUAAGCCAAUUGUCCAAGUGGAUGGGACUCACUUGUACGGAAAGUAUAAGGGUUGUCUACUAGUGGCAGUUUCACAGGAUGGCAACAACAAUAUCGUCCCAAUUGCGUUUGCUAUUGUGGAGGGAGAAACUUCUGAUGCAUGGCACUUUUUCCUUCGUAACCUUCGUCAACAUGUUGUCACUCGGGAUGGUGUGGGUCUAAUAUCCGACCGACACGAAUCCAUCAAUGUAGCUGUGGAACGUAGUAACGGAGCUUGGUCACCUCUUAGAGCUUUUCAUAUGUUUUGCAUCAGGCAUAUAAAGUCGAAUUUUCUGCGAAAAUUCAAGGCACCGUACCUCCAAAAAUUGGUCGUCAACAUUGAAUAUUCGAGAACGGUUCGGGAGUACGAAGUGCGUUACCAGCGAUUACGGGAAUGGGGCGAAGCGUAUACAAACUGGUUAAACCGAAUUCCUCGCGAACAGUACGCAUUGACAUUUGAUGGUGGAUACCAAUGGGGUCACAUGACGACGAAUCUAGUGGAAUGCAUCAAUUCCGUGUUGAAGGGUGCACGCAAUCUUCCCAUUACUGCUCUUGUGAAGGCAACAUUCUAUAGGCUAAACGAGUUGUUCACUCGAAAAAGAGCGGAGGCAGAAGCGCGGAUUAAUUAUGGCCAUGUGUUCUCUGAUGUCGUGACCUUGAAGUUGCAUGCAAACCAACUUGCAUAA